UUCAUUUCGCGAGUGCUGCUACGGCUGGUCACACACACGUCUGAUAAUGUUGGGCAAAAUAAUCGGACCGAAAUACGUGUCUGUCGCGAAAGCAUGGGUCCCCACUCUUGCAGUCUGGGGUGGAGUUGGAGGUGUCGCUCUUGUUCACUUUACAGAUUGGCGGCUCAUCUUGGACUAUGUUCCCUACGUUAAUGGAAAGUUCAAGAAGGAUGAGUAAAGCUUCAGAAGGUCAGUCUGAUGCUUUGAAUGAAUUGGAGAUGGACGUCAUAGGGGAAGAAACCUGCAAAUGAACACUGUUAUUUAUUUUGUUGGGACAUUUAAUAAAUAUUUUGUCUUGA